UGCUCGCUCCCUGCGCGGCGGCCGGGCGUGGAGCGAGCGAGCGGCCGGGCUGCAGCGGGCGGGGGCGGCCUCUGCUUCGGGCCGCCAGCGGCUGCCUGGGCCCGGGGUCCUACUGCCGCCGCCGAGCGCAGCCAUGUCGGCCGGGGGCGGCGGGCUGGGGACCCCCCGGGCCCUGCCCUCCUCCGGGCCCCGGGCUCUGCGGGACAUGCCGCACCCGCUGGCCGCUUCCAGCAGCGAGGAGGCGGCCUCCGAGCUCACCCCCAGCCCGGACCUGCUGCUGCCCCGCAGCUUCGCGGACAAGGAUCUCAGUCUGCCCAAUGGCACUCCGGUAGAUACUUCCAGCCCAGCCUCCUCCUCCUCACUGCUCAACAGACUGCAGCUGGAUGACGACUUGGAUGGGGAAACUAGAGACCUCUUUGUCACUGUCGAUGAUCCCAAAAAACACAUCUGUACAAUGGAGACCUACAUCACGUACAGGGUUACAACAAAGACCACACGGGCAGAGUUUGACUUGCCGGAAUACUCCGUACGCCGACGGUACCAGGACUUUGACUGGCUGAGGAAUAAGCUGGAGGAGUCUCAGCCAACACAUCUCAUUCCCCCUCUUCCUGAGAAAUUUGUGAUGAAGGGAGUUGUCGAUCGCUUUUCUGAAGAAUUUGUGGAGACGAGGAGGAAAGCUUUAGAUAAAUUCUUGAAAAGAAUUGCAGAUCAUCCAGUACUUUCUUUCAAUGAACAUUUCAAUGUGUUUCUCACAGCCAAGGAUCUUAAUGCCUAUAAAAAACAAGGAAUGGCAUUGCUCUCCAAGAUGGGAGAGUCUGUAAAAUAUGUCACAGGCGGUUAUAAACUCAGAAGUCGACCGCUGGAGUUUGCAGCCAUAGGAGACUACCUAGAUACAUUUGUUCUCAAGCUUGGAACCAUUGAUAGAAUAGCACAGCGGAUUAUCAAGGAGGAACUGGAAUACCUGGUGGAACUGCGGGAGUAUGGACCGGUUUACUCCACCUGGGGUGGGUUAGAAAUGGAGCUAGCAGAACCUCUGGAAGGAGUGUCUGCCUGUAUCGGGAACUGCUGUACCGCUCUCGAGGAACUGAGUGAUGACAUGACAGAGGACUUCCUGCCUGUACUCAGAGAGUACAUCCUGUACUCGGAGUCCAUGAAGAACGUACUAAAGAAAAGAGACCAAGUUCAAGCAGAGUAUGAAGCAAAAUUGGAAGCUGUAGCUUUGAAAAAAGAAGACCGCCCCAAGGUGCCGGCAGAUGUUGAAAAAUGUCAGGACCGAGUGGAAUGCUUCAAUGCUGACCUGAAAGCCGACAUGGAGAGAUGGCAGAACAACAAGCGCCAAGAUUUUAGGCAGCUGCUUAUGGGAAUGGCCGAUAAAAACAUCCAAUACUAUGAGAAGCACAUAGGAGCUCUUACAAUAUCCAUGGUUCUUUACUUCAUUCACUGCCCAUCUUAGCAGUUGUGCCUUACGAGAGCACAAAAAAGUGCCUUACGGCGUGGGAGUCAAUUAUACCACUAUUGCAAGACAAACCAGAGACCAAAUAAGAAGCUCCAUAGCCCACAGACUUCUCUACACAAGUGCACAGUACCACUAAACAACCUGCUGGAGCUGUGUGAUGCACUACUUUGUUGAGAGUUACCUGAGAAAUGCCAGCUAUGCCCAGUCUGUGUUAGACCCAUUGAAAAGCAUUUGGACUUCUUCCUCUUUUUUUGUGUUAAAUCGGUAUGUUUCAUCUUUUGAGUUACCAUAACGGUUCCUUCUCCAGCCUCUGGAGUGAUCGUGGGCGUGUAAUGGAAAUACACAAGGAUCGAGUUGCUUCUUGAUAAAGAAAACAUUACCUCUUUAUUCUAGAAGGAACUAAUGAGUGGAAUACUAAAAAUAUGAAAAUAAAACUCUAAACUGCAAGGUGCCAAUAUGACAUCUUUAUUACCAUCCUCUUUGUUUGCUAAAUAAGGAUUGAGUCCCAUGAAGCAGUGCCCACCAACCCACCCUUCUUUUUUUGUGUGUUUUUUUUUUUCUUGAUGGAGAGGGAAUAGCCAGAAGUGGACACUUACAAUUUGUAAACUCCCUGGAUUAAGCAAUUUUGGAGCUGAAUCUUUGUGUGGGAGUUUGGGCUGGUCCUAGAUUGGAACAUACUGACACUUCUGCAGAAAGCUCGUGAUGCAGACCUGAACUGUGAUUCAUGAGCAUGGCAUGCACUCUGUUCAUACUCAUUUGUUUACCUUUGGUGAUAUGAAGUAAUGUAAGUUGGCUGAAGCACACAUGUGAGAUUUGGGGAUCAAAGGAGGACUGGCGUGUGUGUGGGAGGGUGAGUUUAUGAUGUGGCCUUACAAGUUGUCUCAUGGGAACAAAUACUAGUCUGUUAACAUUUUAUCCCCAAAUUGAGCAGAGACAGUUCUGUGAUAGGAUUCUUGGAUCCAUGCUUUCACUUGUUUUCAGAACAAUAUAAGCUAGAUCGGAAUCCCUCAGAACCUCCCUCUGGCCUUAGUCAUUUAAAACAUGCCCAUCGUAGUAAGGAUGGGUUCUUGCUUUUUGCCUUUUUUCUUUCACAGCAGCCAAACCCCGCAAAGAGUCAAGAGCUUGCUGACACCAGGUAUCAUUGUGCAUGUGUGAAACUUGCCGUAAACAUGUCAAUGGCAGGUAAUAGAGGAGGAAAUAUAUUUUUUUCCCCAUUAUGUACGUUUAGUGGUCAUGCUUGUCUCUGAUCCUCAUUGAAAGGUCUUCUUAAGAGUUGCCCUUUUUAGGUAUAAACCUUUUUUCCUACCAGGUUUUGUCAACCUUAAUCUGCAGAAUCUUUUCCUUUCCUUAUCCAGUCUCUCCAGUUCACCACCUUUUGUUGCUAGUGGCUUUAGUACCUGCCAAAGGAAGGAGCACUGCCAAGACUGGUUACAGAUACUUUGAACCUGUUAAGUCUUCGUUUGCUGCUUAACCAGCUUGUUUCCUCUGAUAGGAACUCCAGGGUUUGUUUAUUUUGGCAAACAGGAGUGUAAUAUUCAGGAUUCUAGGGUCAGCAAACAACUUUUUGUUGUUUUUAUAUCUCAUUUUCUAUCAAAGCUAUUGGAAUGCUCAGUCGAUCCCUGGCACGAUUCUGGCAAGGAAUCCAAAGUUUAAUUAAAAAGAGAAAAACCAACUCAUUUCUUAUCCCAUUUACAAAGACCAUGCAAAUUCCAUUUAAUUUGUGGAUUGUCUCCAGUUAAAUUAAAUGCUACAAAAUUUACCUGAAGUUUCUUCAGGUUUGCAUAGUCUCUGUUCAAACAACUAUUACAUAAAAGUUGGGGCUGUUAAAUUAUUAACAUGGAAUCGCUGGGCAUAAAAUUUGUCACAUUUAAGACAGUUUUUCUACUUGACUAUGUCAUUUUCAUUGAUGUCGUUUUGUGAUUCUAAACCUGCAGUUCCAAUUUCUCAGCAUACGUUUGCUGGGUGAAAUCAGGGACCUUGCCUCAGGUGGCUGGUUGAAAUUGCAGCAUAGUAACAAUAUUGUGUUGUUAGAGUGAGGGAAGACUUUAGUAAGAAAUGAUUCUCUAACAAUCACUGAUUUUUUUUCUCCCUUAAAUCUUUGUCUAUUCGUCCUCUAUCCAAUUGUUUGAUAUUAGGAUUUGAUAAUUAAGGCCUAGUUGAUUUGCUGGGGCAUAUUGGACAGGAGUCGCUCUGAUUUGCAGUGCUGUGCUUUUUGUCAUUAAUUCAUAUCAUUUAACAUAUGAAAAUGAUAGAAAACAAAAGGUUGCAUGUGGUGAAACCAGAGAAUUGUUUAACCCCUCCGAAUACAGUUUCUACCUUGUCAAAUUGGUUAGGUUUUUUAACAUAAUUGUCUCUGAAACAUCAGCAUAAACCUAGGGUCAAGUAAAUUUAUCUUCAACUUCCCCAGUGAACAGGAAAGACUGAUUAGGGAUUGAGAAAUGGCAGCUUUUUCUGGCACUGUUCUCUCACAGAAUGAUCAACUAAGCUGCAUUUCUGCUGAGCAUUUUAAAAAAAAAAAGGCACUUUUCCACAAGAGAACAUUUGAAAAAUGCAGUGGUUCUGUUUAGAGGGGAGUGAAUUUAAUCUGUUUAGUUUUUUCUUCUGAGUUCCUAUGUUCAUGCCUUUUGCCCUUCAGGUUUAGUUAGAAAACUGAAGGCCAGUCAUAGCUUGUAGUUCCAGGGGCUUGGUUCUUUAAGUACAUCUGCCAUUUCUCAGAAAAUACAUAUUAUACAAGGUACUGUUAGCAAAGGACACUGCAGCAUCAGGUAAGGAUUGUCAUGAGUAGCAGGGGAGCUUUUAGAGUUUCACUUAAGGCAUUUAAGUAUGGUAACAAUUUCACCUUUUGCAAAGAUGGUGGGGUUUCUGGCUUUGACUCCAGUCAACAUACACCUAAUGUUUUACCUAAUACUUGCACUUAAUGUUAACAUUGUUCUGCUGUACAGUCUCUGGAGCCAGUUGGUAUUUAAAUUACUAAUUGAGUGAAUGAAGUGACUUCUCGCCUUGUUUGUUGUCAAGCAAAUGCUUUUUGCGGCUAAGCCAUUAGAAAGCUGGCACUUCCUCUACAACCAACCAACAUGACUGGCUAGGAAGGGUUUACUGUAAGUACACACGUCUCUGGAACCCCUUAAAGGGGAGAGAUGUGGACUGCAAGUUUGGGUCACAGAUCAGAGGGUGCAGUCCCUAGAUCAUGUUGCAGGUUGGAUGUUGCUCUAGUGUGAAGCAGAUACCUCCUGCUGCCAUGCUAAAGAACAUAAAUCAUGGUUUAAAUUGGAAGCAAGCUUUUGAAACAUGUUGCAAAAGGGGAGUUCUUACCUGUAACUGCAGUCAGACAAGUAGGAUACACUGUGGUGGUUCCCCCUUAGAUGCAACUAGCCUGUUGCUGAGUCUGUCUUAAUAAGCCCUCACAAUAUGAACCAUGUGACAAUGGUGGCGAGCCAAGUAUUGUUUCAUGGUUUGAACAUGAGAUUUUGUGCCACUUGUUAGUAGCACAGAGCAGCACAACUCACUUACAAAAUGACAAGUAUUUUCAGGUCUGAAUUCAGUUGUCACAAGUGACUUGUUCCUGUUCAUGCUGCAUCAGAUUCUACCCCUUUAAAUGCAGGUUUAAAAUUCUCUUGCAGUUCAUGGUAUAGGUGUGGUUAUCUCUUAGGGUCCAAGUUUGGCAGUGUGUAAAUAGUCUCACUAAUUUGUGUGACUGUAGAAAAGCAAGCCCUUCGCAAAUACUGAGCAGAAAUCCAUUGAAAGAGGGACUUUGUUUCACUCUUUCCUUCCCCCCCCUCCCGCCCCCAAAUAGGUGUUGAAGCAUUGUUCAGUAUAUCCCAAUGGGCCUUUUUCUGUAUACGCAGAUUGAUCUGGCUCAAAAACUGAGUCUCUCCAAUAUGGGGCCAAACUCUGAUCAACCCAGACAGUGGAUAUGUACUCCCCGGAGAUGAACUUUCUGUGGCUUGGGCCUAUCCACAGCUUUAAAGCGUCUUACGUUUCCUUUUAACAAAUCUUGCUCCACAGCUGCCCUGUGGCGCACGCUGACUCAAGGCGUGAGCAAUUUCUUGCUGUCUCUCCAUCAGUUCUGAUAGAUGGGCAGUUUGGAAAGUUGUGACUCUCUUGAAAUGGCACCAGCACAUCCAGGCAAGCACUGUUUAGCUCUGAUUUUUAUAUAUAAUCUAAAAAGGUGUAAAGGGGUGUGUGUAUCUCAUCAGGAUUUAACUGAUGCAAUAAACUUGGGAAGCUUAAGAAAACAAAAAAAUAUGGCCUUCUCAAGUAAUCAUUUUAAAACAAAAGCUUUCCAGGUCUGCUCCAUUUCAUAAAGCAGUCAGUUCGUUCUUUUACUACUGGUAGUUACCAGAGGGUAAAUUGUGGUAUGUUUAUACUUAACAUCAAAAUGAUUUUGUCAAGGAACUUAUCACAAAAUGUGAUGGUUGUAAUGGAGGGAGGAAAGGAGGUGGAACGAAAAAACAAAACUAGGAAAAGCUCAGCAAGGGUUUAGGUUGUGUGAAUGUGCAGUUUGUCCAUCAAUGAGUUAAUGCAUUGGCCUUUCACCUCUGGAAACAUGGCUUCAGUGCCAAGUGCAACUUGGUGGCCUCCAUCACAAACCUUUGUCUGCAUUUCUAAACCACUGCACACACAUUGGCAUAAAUGGAAGGCCCUAUGGAGGUAGAACUGGCAGUAUUGUAGAGGGAGCUCUGUGGUGGUCUUCUUGCAUAGCCUGUUCACACUUACAUACUUGUUUAGGACUUGGUUCUGCAAAUACUUGUGUGUGUGAAGGGUUCAGUUCAAUUCAGUGGGACGAUUUGUGUAUGUUUGCAGGAUUGGGGCAUUAAUCCAGUUUACCCAUUUAACUCAAGAAAUGAUGCAAAAUUAAAAGAAAAUGGGCUGCAGACUAUUAAACAGAAACUUUUGUCUUCAAUAGGUGGUGCUUUUGACCGUGUGUGUGUGUGCGCAAAACUGUGGGCCCAGAUUCUGAGUUUUAUUUAACAAGCUGUUUGAUGUUCAGCCGCCUUAAACACUACAAAGUAGGGAGGCAGUCUUCUUCCUUUUUGGUUUUAACCAGAUUUCUUUACUAUAAACAAUUGAAGGUCAUUCAAGAAGGGAAAUAACUCUUUUUUUUUUUUUUGUAGGAGAAAAAUUACUAGUAUUUGCCAAAUACAUUUCUGAUGAUGUGAAACUGGGCACCUCCAGAAUAUUUUGGUCUUUUGGGGAUAUAUGAAGGUUUAAAUAAAUAUUGAUAUUUUAAAUGUAUUUUUGUCACUUUUUUUUUUAUUUUGAUUGGAAGGAAUGAUAGACCAUUAUUGAUAAAUACCUGCAGGACACUAUAGUUUUGGCAGGAGGUAUUUGUUAUAUAGAAAUAUUCACAAUUAACAGUAUUAGUUUGGGGUUAAGGCAGACAGUGCUUAUCAAAAUCACAGCUUUUUGAAUAACUCCUUCGUGCUUAAACUAUAACACCAAAAAAUAUAAAAAAUCAAGGGUGCUUGCGUCGUCCUGGACCUGGAUCGCUGAAGCCCUAAACAUACACUCAGUGGUACAGUGAGACUCUUAGGUCAAUAGUUGUCAUGGGGACACGGUUCUACCUACACAGAUUGCAGGAUCUGAGCCAGUCACCCACACAGCAUACGACUCGGUGAUGCUGGUUUUGUUAUGCAACCAUGAACGAGCUACAGUAUUUCAUCUCUUUUGUGGGUGGAGAUUGGACAAUAUUGUCCUUUCAUUCUACUUCCUAUGUGCCUGCACUCAUGGCUCCCUUUAACAUUCAGGGAAGUUUAUGCCAUGAGGCAAGUCGAUGUUGCCAUGACACUUAACUUCUGCCAGCAUAUUUUUAGGAAUUCAUCCCUUUUGUCGCUCCACACAUGACACCCUGAAUGGAAAUGUUGCUGCCUAGGUGCCCAACCAGUGUACUGUAUUUUUGACUUUUGUAAAAUCAGUUUCUAGAAACUUGUUUGGUUUUUUUUCAUACUCUGGUCACCCUCACAUCACCUCCCAUACCAGGAUAAACCAAAAUGAAAGCUGUGAAGAUUUGUCGUUGUGUAUGAAUUAGCUAGUGGAUGAUGUACAGAUUGGAGUGGUUUUUGUUUCCUACACUCCCACCAAAUUUAAUUUUUUUUUGCUUUUCUCGUUAAGCUCACAGGAUAUAAAAUGUCUUUGAUUUCAGGUGCUGGCAUGUUUCUGUUCCUUUUCAUUUAGCUCUGUAUAAACAUACUCUGUGCAUUGUUACUAUGGAACUAGUAUUGAUAAAAACUCUUUGAGGUAAACUCUUUGUAAUGCUUGAUAAUUAUUAGUGUGUACAUUUUUUUUUAAAGACACUGUUUCUUUACCUCAAUUAAUUUAAAGGAAUGGACCAAUAAAUGUAUUAAAGGGUGAUUUCUUU